AUGGAACUUAAUAACUUUGAAGAAAACAUGGUUGAAAUUAUUCCUCUAACUAACCAAGAGAUUUUUGGUAUUAAAAUUUUUGAAGAUGGUUUAAAAAUAAGUCAACCUAAUUUUGACAACAUGGACUAUAUUACUAUCGACGAUGAAAUAGAGACCAGCAGUGUUCAAUCUGCCAAAGAUAGGUCGUCAUUUUAUAUGAACGAUGAUGAUACAAAUCUUUACGAUAUUAUAGAUGGUGUUGAUGUUAUUAAUUUUAACGCUUUACGAGAAGCUGUAGAGACGUUCUUUAGGCAACCUUGUUCUUCAAUCUUCAGAAUAGAUCAAAAUAUAAUAAGCAACCAAAUUCCUUAUCUUGUAAAUAUGAAGGAUGGUUCUGAGUAUGUUGUGCGUUUAUCAUGUCCAAUCAACCAAAUUCACAAAUAUUCUAAGGCUUAUACGUUCAAAAGAUUACAAAGUGAGGCAUCCAUUGUUAAUUAUAUAGCAAAACACACUGACAUUCCAGUUCCUGAGAUAUAUUACUGGAACGAUGAUAGUGACAACGUUAUUGGCACCGAUUUUGUAAUAAUGAAACAUUUACGUGGUAUUCCUCUAUGUGACGAAUGGCCGGAUCUUACAUUUGAAGAAAAGCAAGAUGUUUUACUUCAAAUAAUCGAUAUUUUAAUGAAAUUAAAAAAUCUAGAAUUUCCAAAAAUAGGAAGUCUGUAUUUAGAUGAUAAUGGUCAAGUAGUUAUCGAUGAAUGCAUCUUUCAUGUUUUUAUGCUAUCAGGAAGAGAUGAAACAAAAGAUGCUAAUUUUGGCCCAUUUAGAACUACUCGAGAUUUUUUACAAGCAGCAUUAGAUAAAGAAAUCAAAUUUCUUGAUGGUCAGGGUGGUGAAUAUAAAGAACUAUGGUGUCCUAUCCAAAGAGAAUUGGCUGAAUUGUUUUGCAAUCAUUUCUCUGACAGAUAUGAUGAUACAUUUGUUUUAUGUCCAUCUGAAUUAACUGCCAGUAAAAUUCUACUUGAUCGUGAUAUCGACAACAAGGUUUUUAUCUCCGGUUUCCUUGCUUGGGAUUGUACUGGUUCAUUACCAAUGGAAUGUCUUUUCCAAAAUCCUACAUGGAUUAGGAAUAACAGCGCUAAUAGUUUGAAAUAUUCAGAUGAAAAGAAAAAAGAAAAUCUUCAAUUACAAUAUUUCUUUUGUCGAGAGUUAUACUCACGUGAUCCAGACAUUGAAUUUAUUUGUGGAGAUGAAGUGAGAGCUCAAUUUUUCUCAAUUAUUCUCCGACAUUUCUUACAUCCUUGGUCUAUUUCCGAAUUUAUACAAGAAUUACGCGAAACGAUUGAAGAAGAAAUGGAUAAUGAAUGGACAAAAUAUGAUGAGGAGGAGGGUUAUAUUAGAUAUGAUGUGUCAAAAUACAAUUUAAAUGAAAUUGAAUGCGAAAGAAUAUCAAAUUUUAAGAUUUUUGGUGAGAAUGAAAGGGAAUACGAGAAUAAUCAAGACGAUGGGUAA